AUGGCGCCGCUGGUGCUGUACCACUGGACACAGUCCUUCUCCUCGCAGAAGGUGCGGCUGGCAAUAGCCGAGAAGGCGCUGAAGUGCGAGGAGCACGAUGUGAACCUGCCGCUGAGCGAGCACAACGAGCCGUGGUUCAUGCGCUUGAGCUCCUCUGGAGAAGUACCCGUCCUGAUCCAUGGGGAAAACAUCAUUUGUGAGGCAACGCAGAUCAUUGAUUACCUUGAAGCGACGUUUGUAGAUGAGGAAGUACCAAGAUUAAUGCCAGAAGAGGGAAGCAUGUAUUAUCCAAGGGUGCAACACUACAGAGAGCUUUUAGAUUCCUUGCCUAUGGAUGCCUACACACAUGGCUGCAUCCUGCACCCUGAGUUAACAGUGGACUCCAUGAUUCCAGCCUAUGCUACCAGCAGAAUCCGUAGCCAAAUAAGUAACACAGAAUCAGAAUUGAAGAAACUUGCAGAAGAAAAUCCAGAUCUUCAAGAUGCCUAUAUAGCAAAACAGAAGCGCCUUAAGUCUAAACUGCUGGAUCAUGAUAAUAUAAAAUACCUAAAGAAAAUACUGGAUGAACUGGAAAAGGUUUUGGAUCAGGUUGAGACUGAAUUGCAGCGGCGAAAUGAGGAAACACCAGAAGAUGGAAAUCAGCCUUGGCUCUGUGGUGAUUUCUUCAGUCUGGCAGACGUGUCACUUGCUGUCACAUUACAUCGCCUGAAGUUUCUGGGAUUAGCAAGAAGAAACUGGGGAAAUGGAAAGCGGCCCAACUUGGAAGCUUAUUAUGAGCGCGUCGUGAAGAGAAAAGCGUUUUACAAAGUUUUGGGACACGUCAACAAUAUAUUAAUCUCUGCUGUCCUGCCAACAGCGUUCCGUGUGGCCAAGAAAAGGGCUCCCAGGGUUCUUGGCACCACCCUGCUGGUCAGCAUGCUGGCAGGGCUGGGUUAUCUUGCUUUCCUGUUUCUUCGGAAGAGAUUUGCCAACGCGGUGCUAUCGAUUAGAACCAGGCAAAAUUAUUUUUAG